AGCGCCGCCGCGGGUCCAUUAUUCCAACUAUUCGUUUGUCCCGGCCGGAAUGCGCGUGACACCGUGCGGAGUUUCUAGUGUGUGUUUGUGUACCGUGAACGGUGGGCUCCCGAGCUGUCAGCGUAUUUAAGUCCUCCGCACUACUCCUCACUGUGAGCUGCUCCGCUCCUGAGCCACCGGCGGAUCUUCUGAGACCUCUGCAGGGCAACACACCGGCUGGAGAUGGAGGACUUCUGGUCGCUGGCCCUCUGGGCCCUGGAGAUUUGGCUGUACCUCAUCGUGGGCCUCAUCAUGGUCCCGGCCAUGUUCGGCUUCUCUCUGGGCAUCUCCGAGACCUACAUGACCAUCCUGGUGAAAACCUUAGAGUGGGCCACGCUGAAGAUUCAGAAAGUCCAGGCAGAGGAACAGACACUCAAAGCCUCCGGAUCGAAUGGUCUCAUCCAGAGGGAAGAUGGCUCCAUGGAGGAAGAGUUGGAGGAACUGCGGCGCAGUCGCCCCAAACCCCCAGUGGGCGGUGACUUCACCCUCAGCGACUCCUUCUACUUCACCCGUAGGGGAAUUGAGAGCAUCGUAGAGGAUGAGGUGACGCAGCGGUUCAGCUCGGAGGAGCUGGUGCUGUGGAACCUGCUGACACGCACCAACAACGACUUCCAGUUCAUCAGCGUGCGUCUAACCCUGGUCUACAGCCUGGGCAUCGUCAUCAGAUACUUCAUCCUCGCGCCGCUCAGGAUAACUCUUGCCUGCAUUGGUCUCACCUGGUUGGUCAUUGGAACAUCUGCAGUUGGAUUUCUCCCAAACUCGAGGAUGAAGUUCUGGCUCAGUGAAUGGGUCCACGUGAUGUGCUACAGGAUCUGCGCUCGAGGACUCUCUGCCACCAUCCGCUACCACAACAGAGAGAACAAACCCCAGAAGGGAGGCAUCUGUGUCGCCAAUCACACCAGCCCCAUCGACAUAGUGAUCCUCUGCAACGACGGCUGCUACGCUAUGGUGGGGCAGGUGCACGGAGGUCUGAUGGGUGUCCUCCAGAGGGCCAUGGUGAGGUCGUGUCCCCACGUCUGGUUCGAGAGAGCAGAGAUGAAAGAUCGCCACCUAGUGACCAAAAGGUUGAAGGAUCAUGUCAACGACAAGACGAAGCUCCCCAUCUUGAUAUUUCCAGAGGGGACCUGUGUCAACAACACCUCCGUCAUGAUGUUCAAAAAGGGAAGCUUUGAAAUCGGCGCGACGAUAUACCCGGUGGCCAUUAAGUACGACCCACAGUUCGGGGACGCUUUCUGGAACAGUUCCAAGUAUAGCAUGGUCAGUUACCUGCUGAGGAUGAUGACCAGCUGGGCCCUGGUGUGCAACGUCUGGUACCUACCGGCCAUGCACCAACAGGAGGGGGAAGAUGCUGUCCAGUUUGCAAACAGGGUGAAGUCCGUCAUUGCUCACCAGGGGGGGCUGGUGGAUCUACAGUGGGAUGGAGGCCUGAAGAGAGCGAAGGUGAAGGAGUCGUUCAAAGAGGAGCAGCAGAAGCAGUACAGCAGCAUGGUGGUGGGAGACGACAGCUCCAGUGACUGAGACGACCACAGAACGCCCCCCUCACCCCCCCCCUCCUUGCUGCUCCUCCUCAGGUUGUUCUCGUCAGCUGGGCCUGAUGCCACCAUGUGGACUUUAGAACACACUGAAACCUCAGGUGAAGCCAAACGAACUGCACGGGGGGCGGGGGGAGGGGGGGCAGUCACAGUAGAACACAAAAGUGCAAUAUGGGACGUCACUAGGAGACGCCGGAGCUGAUAUGGCGACGGAAGCCUAUGAUGGACGAGCUGCUCUGAAAAAGCCAAUCUGUGACGGUCCACUUCGUUCAUGGGCUGUGCAUUAGUUUGUUUUUUAAGGUACUUUUUUGUUUACAACUUCUCGUACCCGUUGUGUGAUCAUGCAGAAAAGAACCUGAUGUAUUUUGUAGCUUUACUGUUUAAUAACGUGACAUAAUUUCAAGGAAAAACACGUAGCUAAUUGGGAUUUUAGCGAUUAAAUACUGGUUUUAAUUUCCUUGGACUUGAGAAUGGCAUGAGUACACACAUGACAGUUUUCACUUGAAAAAAAGAAAGUAAUCCAUUCAUGGACACUGCACCUCUUUCAAGUUUGAACCAACACGCACGGAAACAAGAGAUAGGAGGGUUUGGCACUUAAAUAAUACAUGAGAACUUUGCGUGUUCAAGGUGGUUCAUUGAACGCCCUUAAAGGAGGACACACAGCUGAGACGUCUUGGAUCUCUGUCCCCCGAGGUGUCCUCCUGGAGUGUGAUCCUCACUGCUGCUCCUUUUCUGUGGGCUCUCCUCUUUUGCUCCUGAAGGCCAAUUUAAGAAAUGUUCCAGUUAGUCCAAGUUGAAAACUCACUGUGUGUGUUUACACAAUAGUGAUGCGUAUAUAUUAGUAGAAAAUGAUCAAAUAGUCAGCGUCCUCACCCUCGCAUGGCUCUGUCUCGGCCUCAGUGCCCUGCGCAACGAAUAAGUGCCGUGUCAGUCACAACAGUCCCUUUGUGUCCCACGGCCUCUAACCAGACGGAAUGGUGGUACUCACCUGCAUCAUGUUGCUUUUGUGUCUUUUUCUUUCUUGGAUUUCCUGAUAUCUGCAACCAUUAAAAUAUGUUUACAUGCAAUCGCCAAGAAAACUGUAUACAAGCAUUUUGAAAAUGUGAACUGAACCGGGCAGGUGAAACAAAAGGGCCUGGGCAAAUGUUCAUGACCUUGAUUAGUGCUUCACAUCUGUGUAUAGAGUUGCUGUCCUUCCGCAGUGGUUUAUUGAAGCUGCUUUUGUUCUUUGCAAUAAAAGUCGAUGAAGCUG